GUGUGUGUGUGUGUGUACACAGGUGCCAAAAGCCCAAACAUGACCCCAUGUGUAGUGGCAGUUUACUUCAAGUCUGAAAUAAAGCUGCCUCUACACAAAGACGCCCAUUGAUGACACAGAGUCCCAGUGCUGCAAAACCUUGCAGAGAGACGUCUCUAAUUCAAAUACCAGUAUUUGUCUGAGGGAGAGAACGCAUCUCUGUAGCACCAGGCCACACAGGUAUUGAGGGCUGUUCUCACUAUGAAGCUAUCUUUGGCUUUGGUUGCAUUCAUUCUCCCCCUCAUCAGGGCUCAGGUGCCCCACUGGGGACCAUGUCCAGAGCCAGCCGUUCAACCUGAGUUCACCCUUAAACAGUUCAUGGGGAGAUGGUUUGAAAUUGCCAAACUCCCAGCUCAGUUUGAGAAGGGACGUUGCAUCGAAACCAAUUUCUCUAUGAAGGCAGACAACUCCAUUCGAGUGGUCAGCUCUGAAAUACUAAAAGGAGAGCUGAGAAAAAUCGAAGGGACCGGAGUCAUAGAGGAUCUGAAGAAUCCUGCCAAGCUGGGAAUAAGUUAUUCUUAUGUCCUGCCCUAUUCCCCUUACUGGAUCUUGGCCACUGACUAUGUGAACUCAGCCCUGGUGUACUCCUGCACGGACGUCCUGAGGCUCUUCCACGUCGACUUCGCCUGGAUCCUGAGCCGAACACGAACCCUGCCGGAGUCCACCAUUGAGAAAGCCAGGGAGGUCUUCGCAAGCAACAACAUCGAUGUGACCCGGAUGAUUGCCAGCAAGCAGCAAGGCUGUGAAAAAACUCUGUGAGGACGAUGAGCAGCGAUGGAAAUGCAACACAAGAUGGCGCUGUUCUUGGCAGGAGGGAAAUCCAGAAUAAUCUUUGACUAAUAUUUAGAUCUGCUGCCUUUUUAAGGCAAUAUAAAUGUU